AUGCAGGUCCGGACUGAAUUGUAUCUACUUUACUUCUUGCUCAAAGGUCGAGUCUACCUCGGUGACAUUUGGCAAAUAGUUGGGGAGCGGUUGUUGGAGGCGCAGAGGGAGGAGUCGUUGCGAAGUACUAUUGGGGAUAGUACGAUGCGUGGGCUUGUAGAACGAGCUUUCAUGGAAGAGAAGAGGGACAGAUGUCAGCUGGAAGUGUCUCUGUGCAGCCAGGCUAUCGACUGCGUGCAGCAGCAAUGGAUCAUGCCAAUGCGUGGUGUUGCAGUCCCAAUUGUACGCAAUGACAACUCUUUCUCAACAGCCUCAAUAUGUGUUGCUAGACCUGCUGUGCCCUAUUCAGCGGCUGCAGUAGCCUAUUUGACCACUGUGAAAAAGAAGUGCAAAGGUUGGCUCAGAAGACAACAUGCCGACCUUACCCCAGCUAAAAGGCUUCCAUCAUUCAAAUAUCACUCGCACCCAAACGGCUCUACUUCUGUUCGCCAGUUUACCUUUGCGCAUCACUUAGAAUGUCGAACAUCAGUCAUCAUGAAUUCCAUUGAUCCUUCGUUCUGCCUGUUGAGCACAUGGGUCCCCCCUGGCGUCCAAGAUGCCUUGAAUGAGGCAUGCAAAACAGAGUUAUCCUCUCAGGCCGGACUGAUGGCGACAUACCUUGAUAUUGAUGGCUACAAUUCUCACCAGCGCAAUACUGAUUUGGAGCUGCUCUACUUACGGGCGAAGAUGUGUCGAGCAAAAGCUGAGGUGGAGGUAUAUGAACUAGCUAUUGAAAAUGUGCCUGCAUCCAACUCCCCUGACAGUGAUGUUGAUACCCUUGCAGCUUCAUCAUCAUCACGUCCAAAUCUCCCACCACUUCUACCCGAGGACGUUUGUUGCUACAAGGAGUACAUCAACGCUGAAUCAGUGGACGAUAGCUCCUCUGAGCAAUCAUGGUGCUGGGCUGGGCACACGUAUCUUUAUAUGCUUGCCCAAUCAGCGACACCAUCACACUCACUCAAAUUUAUCAACACCAAUGGUAUAGUCUUUAUUCGGAUGACCGCAAACUGGUCGAGGAUUGCUGAUAUUUGCCAAUGCAUUGCUCUAGACAAGCAAAACUGUGAGGAACAACCAAUUGAUAUGAGUAUUGCGGUGAUUUUGUAA